UCAGAGCUGCCUCAGUGGGAGUCAGGGGGCAGGUGAGGUCUGCCACAGACACUGUAUGCUUAGGAGCUGGGAGAAAGCUGAAGGCAGGAGACAGCAAGAGGCAUUUGCAGGUUGGUGUCCCCAAGCCAGAGAGGCAGGACUGGAGGAGGAUGAAGGCAGGAGGAACAACAGAGGGAGUUACCUGCUGGCUCUGAGCCAAAACCAAGGAAAGAAGCCUGCAGAUAGAUGUUGCAUCAUCCAUCACCUGUUAAGAUUCUACGUGGACAAGGUCUUCAAACACUGUGAGACUGAGGAUUCUCAUGUCAACCGGAAAAUCAGCAGCAUAGCCAAUUCUUUCCUCAGCAUCAAGAAGAAAUUCAGACAAUGUAUUGAACAAAACAUGUGUGGCUGUGGAGAGGAAGCAAUAGAGAAAUAUAAACAAAUUCUCACCAAUUAUGGGCAGCUGAACACUGCUUCUGCAGCAAUGAAAUCCCUUGGGGAGCUGGAUAUCCUACUAGACUGGAUGGAGAAGGCUCAUUAGAGAACAGAAUACAAUAACCAGCAUGCUAUUUUUAAAGGUCCUUUACAGUUGUUCAGCUGCCAUGGUGAUGAGUGGGGAAUAAGGUCUAAAUCCAACUUUUUUUGAGGGUCUUCCUGUUGACUUGAAUUGGCAAUUUAAAUGUUUAGACAUCAUCUUGCAUAAAGAACGAGUUAUUUCAAGCUCACGUGUGGUUUUUCAAAUCACAGCACUUAUAUUCCUGAUAAGCCUUGAAAGACGUUCUCUGCUAUUAAGGGUAGUUUUUUUUAAUUAUUCUUUUUAGUUGUGGUUAGAUGAGUCUCUUGUAGCAAUGUAAUGAAAUUAUUGUUUCAAUUGUGCGCUCUUUGGGACAGGGACUGUAUCUUCAUCUGUGUUUGGAAAGCACACAGCACACCUUAGGAGCUACUUCAAUCUAGAUAUUAGACAAGAAGGAUGCUUACAACCCUAGGGCUCAAUCUUACAAGACCCCCUCAGGUAGUGAACUCCUGAGUGAGCUAGCAGGAGUACAGCCUGGGGAAGGCUUGCAGGAUUGGUCCCUGUAACGGGUUGUGCUUACCACCGUGGCGCCUCUUGCUGGUGGUUCUGGGAAUUAGCUCUGUCCAGCAGCAGGGCGCCCCCUGGUGGUGUCUCACUCUCCAUCACUACUGUUUGUGGGGACCCGUGUCACUCCCAGACCAUGGCGUUCUCUUCAGGGCACAACCCUUCCGAGGGAACCGGCAGUCCUUUGCUCAGCCUUUCACCAUAGUGGCGAACUGCAGCCCCUAGUUCAGCCCCUCACUCAGGGGCAAACUGCAGUCCAGGCUGGAGCUCUGCUUGCUCCCCUGGCCCUGCCUAGCACUGCUCUGUCCCAGGUACUUCUCUCUACAGGCAGCCAGGCCUUCUCCCUCAAGCUCCGAGGAGAGUCUGCCCUGCAGCCCUUCUUAUAGGACCCAGCCUGGCCCUGAUUGGCUACUUCUAAGCCUUCCUCUCAUUGGCUGGGUUCUGCACAGCAGCUACAAGGGCUGCUAUUAACCCUUUCCCAGCCAGUGAGGGGCAGCUGCCCCAUCACAGUCCCCUAAUUUUUCUUUUUAAACCACAAAAGAAUUACUAUU